AUGGUGCUUACAAGGACCAAGGUCAAGCUCCCAGAAUCAGAUUUGACAAAUUGCAGUUUACUGCUUGUUGCGUGCAGUUGCCCGUACUCGGUCGGUCCCCGCGUUAGAAGCGCUCUACGCUGUCGCCUUUCUCUGUGCACCGGUUCUGGACCAUACUCAGUGCCACAUCGUCCGGAAACAAUCGAGCAUUUGUUCCUACAACUACCGAGCACAUCGCUGUCAGCGAGAAACAAGUUCUAA